UCUCUCUGUGGCUCAGCCUCUUCCUUCCUUCCUUUAGAGAGCUGGUUAUUCAUCCACGGUGUGAGUCAGGGAGGGUGGGGAUUCGGCAGACUGCUGUACCAGUCACACUUUGUCAGCUCGCCGUUUCAUUCCUUCACCCCAUCCCUCCUACACUCCGUGUCUCUCUCUUCCCUCUCUGCUUUUGCUGCUGCUUGCAGUCCUCCAGGCUUUGCUCUCGCAGCCUUUGGUGGUUUAAGGAGGAACCUCCGUCCUUAAGGAGAAGUAACCACGUGCGAACAGUAGAAGACGGCCAAAAUGCUGCAGAAAAUCCAAGAGUUUGGCUACCACGCCAAAGACAUCUAUGACUACCUCGUGGCGGGAAUUGAUCCAAGGGUUCAAGACUAUCCGCUGAUGCAGAGUCCUGUUCCCAUGACGGCGAUCCUGCUGUGCUACCUGUUUUUUGUACUGUACCUUGGACCUCGCAUAAUGGCCAACCGCAAACCUUUUCAGCUGAAGGAAGCAAUGAUAGUCUACAACUUUCUGCUGGUGGGACUGUCCAUAUACAUUGUGUAUGAGUUUUUGAUGUCUGGUUGGGCCACAACGUAUACCUGGAGAUGCGACGCAGUUGACACCUCAGACAGUCCUCAGGCCCUCCGAAUGGUCAGUGUGGCGUGGCUCUUCUGGUUUUCAAAGAUCAUUGAGCUUAUGGACACAAUCUUCUUUGUGUUGAGGAAAAAGGACGGUCAGAUUACCUUUCUGCACAUCUUCCACCACUCCUUCAUGCCAUGGACUUGGUGGUGGGGAGUUGGCUAUGCUCCUGGUGGAAUGGGAUCUUUCCAUGCCAUGGUGAACUCUUCUGUCCACGUCAUCAUGUAUUUCUAUUACGGUCUUGCUGCUGCUGGACCGCGCUUCCAGAAGUUUUUGUGGUGGAAGAAAUACAUGACUGCUAUUCAGCUGAUCCAGUUUGUCCUCGUAUCCCUCCACGCCACCCAGUAUUACUUCAUGGACAGCUGCGGCUACCAAUUCCCAACAAUCAUCCACCUCGUCUGGAUGUACGGAACCUUCUUCUUCAUCCUCUUCUCCAACUUCUGGGUCCAGGCUUACGUGAAGGGCAAACGUCUACCAAAGCAGGACGAGAGCCAGCACCAGAACGGCACCGCCGCUUAUGCAAACGGAAAGCGCCACGAGAACGGGAAAGCCCACAAGAAUGGCAAAUGCUAUGAAAACGGAACCAGCAACGGGAUCAGCCAUGGAACAACCAACAGCAUCAAGCAUGGCGCCACCAACGGCACCCCUAACGGCACCAGCAACGGCUCUGCUCAUUCUGAAAAUGGAAGCACCCAAAACGGCAAGAUGAAGAAGGCCUAGGGACUCUGGAAGCAUGGCCCAGCCCACCUCUUAAAACGACUACAAAUUCCAAAGAUAAUUGUUGACUGACUGUUUCUAGUUAUUUUUAGCUUUUUGUGCAAAACAUGGGAGCGAUAUAGUCGGUGACCACCACAGCAGGGGUUCCGCACUUGGUUGGUUGGUUGGUGUCCAUCGAUAGUGCACGAUAAAUGAAGAGAAGAUGCUUUGGUGUAAAUGUUCCGUCUUCACUGAUAUUGCGAGCAAACCCUGUGUUGAAUAUCACCUUGGUGGCCUUGGGUCCACCCAAUUAUUUAUGACCCCCUCCUGUGGACAGAUGACUGUACAGUUUUAUCAAACUGAAAGAAAAAAGUUUGUAAAUAGUUUUACCAAAAAAAAAAGAAACUAAUUGUAUUAGUGUGCUCUAGACUUUCUAAAUUUUGUUAUUAUUGUGUAUUUAAAAUGCAAUUGCCAAUAAAUGUUGCUUUUGAAUGAU